GUCAUGUUGUUGAAUAUAACUUUUACCGUAUUUUCUUGACAACAUUCGUCUUUGUUAGUUCCUAUAGAAAAUGGGACUGCUGAUUUCUUGGCCAUAUUCAUAUAUGCCUUAGUUGAUUUCAGCAGCGGCAUGGUCAGCAGUCUCUUUCAAUCUUACAUCUUUCUGUAAUUCUAUAACAAAAUCUUCAAACCUUGUUGGUGGAUGGAAGCUGAAGGUGAUAGAAAAUUCAAAGUUGAUCAACCACCACCUCCUCCAUCAACAAAACAAGAACAUGAAAGCAACACAUGUAAUAAUAUUUUGGAAACUGGUCAUUCUCUUAUAGCAAAUAACCAGAACCCUAUCAUACCAUCGUCGUCGUCAUCAUCCCAAAACCCAUUCUUAGUACAAAGUGAUGCAAAUAACAUGGAUAAUAAUAGUUCAAAUAAAUGUGUUUCUAAUCCUUUAGAUGAAACACACUCUUCACCACCCAUAUGUAUAUCAUCACAACAAAAUUCAUUCCAUGAAAAAACAAAUACAAAUGACUUUGAUGGAAGUACAACUAUACCUUCUCCAACUUUUGAAUUAUCCAAUCUAGAACACAUCCACACUCAUAUAGAUGCAACCAAUAAUGAAAAUCCAAAUCUGGGAUUGGUCUCCCAUGUAUCUAGAGAAUCAAGUGAUGUAAUUUCUAUGACCAAUCAUGAACAUUCUAAUGAUACGCCAGAAGGACACCACUCACCAUCUAUUUCAUCUUGUCAAACCCUAGAACAUGGCAUGAACAAAGGACAAGAAAUACAAAACCCUCGAGUACAAGUGAUGGAGCGUCCAAAUGAAUCCAACCCCACUUCCCCUUAUGUUUUUCCAUCUCAUGUAUUUGCUAGAAACAAUACAAAUGGCCAGGUAGAAUGGAGCACUGCAUCAAAUGAGUCUUUGUUUAGCAUUUACAUGGGUAAUAUGAGUUUCUCAAGUGAAUUAGCCUGCUUUAAAUCUUGUGAAAUGGAUAAGCCAGGUGAUGUAAUCAUGAGUGAUCAACAACCUAAUGCGUCACCAAAUAAUCAACCUCCAACACCUGUGAACAAAUUCAAUGAUAUAAGCCAAAGAACUGCUGAGUUGCAUGAAGAAGGUUUGAAGGUAACCGAAGCAAAAGCUGCUGAAACAAUGAGAGAAGUCAUAAUGGAAAGUAGUCGAACCACCGAGAAUAAGGAAGAUAAAACUCAACUUCAUUCAGAUGGUAGCACCAAAUCCUAUGCCUUUCAAACAUCGAAAGAUAGAGAUAAAAGUGUUUCAUCCAAGGGUGCUGGAGAAAAGCAAACACCGCAAAAGAAGUUAGAGCAAAAUGAAAAAACAAAAGAAGUUGAUGAAGAACAAAAGUCAAACACAAAUGCAUCUCCAACUCCAAAUAAAUGGCUAAGUUGUUUCUCAUGUUGUGCAUUUUGUCAUUAAAACACACUAGGUGAUCAUUAAAUCAUGGUCUCUCUUUCCCAGAUUAUUUGGCAUCUUUGUCACCACAUCAAGCUUGUAAUAUAUACAUGUAUUACAAAAUAGUUUUAGUUUGUUAGUCAUAAUUUUUUUUGGGGGGGUCUUGUUCAAUGUUUACACCUUGUUUACACCCUGGUAGGAAAAUUAGGAACAAAAUUUCCAAUUAACAUUUUAUAAUAGAUUGAUAGAAUUAUUGAUUUUUCAACAAA